UGUUUACUGUUACAAAUACAGACAGUCCUGUACACAGAAGUGAAGCAGAAAGCUUGCAGUUGAGAUACGGAAGGGUGAGCAUCUCCUCUUUGCAGGCAAAGCAAAUGCUGUGAGGGCUAGGGAAGGGCCGGGUGGCCCCGUAGCGUCCAGUAGCACUACGAGGUGGAACGAGUGCCGAGCGCUCCCGACCCCUACCUGCCCGAGAACGGCAAAAGCGGGUGGAGAAUGCAGAGCAACCCCCCCGCCCCGGCCCCACUCCGCACCCGGGAAAUCCCCACACAGCUACGGUACCGAGAGAAUAAAAGCAAUGGGGACAGCGGAGCGGCACAGCCAGCGCCCGGAGUGACCAACCGACAGCCCCAGCCAUGAGCGCACGUCUCCUCCUCCCGCUGCUCUUAUCCGCCGUCGUCGCGUCCUGCUGGGGUGCGCCGCCGGCCGGAGAGCUACGCUGCCGCUGCGUGCGGGCCGUAGCCGAGCGCAUCCCGCCGCGACACUUGGUCCAGGUGGAGCUCAUCCCCGAGGGGCCGCACUGCGCCGUACCAGAAGUCAUAGCCACGACGAAGCAGGGCCACACGCUGUGCCUCAGCCCUUCGGUACCGUGGGUGAAGCUGCUCGUCGCCAGGUUCCUCAGCAGGUAUCUAACGCGGGGCCCCGCCUGCUUCCAGAGCCGUGGCGGCCGGGGCCGCAGCGCUGAGCACCCGCUCUCUGCUUGCAGCGCUGCGAAGCGGACCUGAGCUUGGCGGGACGCGGCCGGCCCUUGUGGAGCAUCCUAACGGAGCACCUUCGUGCCCGGGGGUCUGAGCGCGCAGUUUGACUGCUGCAACAGGGAAGAACUGCCUGCAGUUUGGACGUUGAAAAGCACGGCCCUCAAGUUUUGUCCUCUUUUCUGCUUUGAAAGCCUUGCUUUCAGGGUGUAGUGCAGGAGAAGACUUAUGGAGAUUAUCCUGAAUUCUUUCAGUGGAAAAGCUUUGCCUGGCCUCCAGCAUCGGCAAGCCACUGGUGGGGCUCCUCAGGCACAUUAUGUUAUCUUAUAUGGCAUAAUGUCAUAACUUAUAUGAAACUAUGUAUGUAGCAGCCAUUGAACUGAUGAGUGUUUUAUUAUAGUCCAGAUUCCUUUUUGAAACUGUAUGUAUGCAGUUCCCCCGCUCUUCAUAUUUCUGCAGAAAACUUAACAAGAGGAAUCCAAUCCACUUCUAAAUACUGGUCAUUAACUGUCAUCAAGGUGGGUCCACCACAUGAUUUCUAUAGAGAUGUGUCCUGUAGUUAUUUAUGUGCACUUACUGUGUAGAAACAUCAGCACACAACGGAACAAGUGUAAAAAAAAAA